AUGAGCGCGCAAAGUGAUCUGCAAGUCGCAGACUCGUCUGACACCGAUGCCGGAAAUGAACAACCAAGGAACGAAGCUCAGCGGCGCAGCUUCGGUGACUGGCUCCGUGAUGAUGUCAACAUCCGCUAUACCGAUAUCCCAGUCCUCGCUUGCUGUCUGGUGUCCGGCUUGUGCGACAGUGUAGCAGUGAACGCAGCUGGUGUCUUCGUCAGUAUGCAAACAGGAAACACCAUCUUCAUGGCUCUUGGCGCCUCGAAGCUUCCGGCUGGCGAGCCACUCCUCUGGCUCAAGUCCCUCAGCUCCAUCGCCGCGUUCUGGCUUGGGUGCUUCUUCUUCUCCAAGUCGAGACACAUCCAUCCCAAGCGCAGAAGCACUCUCGCCCUGUCGUUCCUUCUCCAGUCGGCUCUCGUCUUCCUUGCCUCCGCCUUUGCUCAGACACGUCUCAUCGCCGACUUUGGGAAAGCCUCGGUGCAAGGCUCCGACUCGAAUCACGAAUUCAAGACCUCUGAAAACCCUCUUGUGAUGGUCCCCCUUGCGCUUCUGGCCUUCCAGUUUGGCGGACAGAUUGUGACGAGUAGGAUUUUAGGAUUCAACGAAGUUCCUACCAACGUCCUGACCAGCGUCUACUGCGAUCUCCUCUCCGACCCAAAGCUCUUUGCACCCCUAAAGGAGAACCCCAAGAGGAACAGGAGGUUCUUGGCCGUCGUUUUGCUUGUUCUUGGAGGUAUUAUUGGUGGCUGGCUGCAGAGAAGUCGGGCUGGCAUGCCUGGAGCUCUUUGGAUCUCUGGAGGAGUUAAGUUCAUCAUUGCCGUCGCCUGGAUGGGCUGGGCCAGCAAUGAGCCGGCUGAGAGCAAGCUGGAGAAGGGCGUUAAGUCAUAA